CACCUUUUAUCGUUCGCUUUAGCCAUCUAUAGGUUUUUGUUUUGAUUUACGCUGUUGCACUUAGGCGUUUAAAUAAUUCCCAUCCUUAAUUGUAAAUAUUAGUAAAUAAAACCAUGUGCGAAAAGGUCACCGCCAGCUGCAAUUGGCCCCAGAUGGCGGGGAAUAGCUUGGACCAACUGGUCGCCACCCGUUUGUCCGACGAAGAUGUCUUUAUAAAGCCCGACUUGGACGAUGUAAUAAACGAGGACCGCGCCGUGCUGUUUUCAAUGCAGUCCGUGGAUCCGCCGCCGCCACCUUGCGAACUGAGGUUCCAAAUCCAGGCCCGCUUUAAGAUCGCCGCUCUCACCCUCAUUUGCAGUGCGCCCAAGGUGGAGCUGUUCAUUGGACCCCUGCAGGAGUAUUGCGAAACCAUAUACGGAACCGCCGUCGAGGAGGAGGACCCCGAGGUUCCAGUGCGACCCUAUCGCUAUGACAUGGAGAUCGACCGGUCCGGCAUUAACGACAUCAAUCUCAAGAUGCUGACCUCGGCCAGCGAGAUCUGCGUGUAUGGAGCCCUACUUCAGGUGGCACCGAAUCCCAAUGGCAUAACCACCCAGCUGCCCAGAGCAGUGAAUCCACUUAGAAUCCAGGAGCUGCUGCAAAGGGGUGGAACGAGUCCAUCGAACAAGGAGGAGCAGGCCGAAAAGUUCCAGCAGUUCAUGUCCCUGAUGAAGGGCUGUUCCCCGAAAGUGGAGGCGAAAGCCCAGGAGGCGGUUCCCACCACCGAUGUGGCAAUCCUCAAGGAGCACAUAGACAUGCGGUUCGAAAAGCUGACACAGUUGGUGGCCAAAAGACUGGAUAAUUUCGAGGCCCAGCAAACGGAAAAGCUAAAUAGAAUUAUUGCCUUGCUGGAAAAGCAAAAAUAAUUAAAAAUCGCUCAUUUGUAAUCAUUUAUCAUUAUAUUUUGUAAUUGUUCUAAAAGACUGUCGGUGCGAAUAUUAUAAAUGUGAUUAAGCAAAAUACGUCUCUUUAAGUUUGGUUUUUAAAUCAAAUGUAAAUGUAAAUUUAAAUUAAAUUAAUUUUUUGAAAUUUAAA